CUUGCUCAUUGGUCGUCGACGGACAACAGAAACUUUGAUUUUACGGCAUUAGAAUUACUAUAUAAUUUCCGUUUCAGAGACCUCCUCGCUGAAGAAGAUGCUUACAAGUACAAGUAAAUUUAAAGUAAUGUAAUCCCAUGCAGUUCAAACAUUAAAUUUAGGUUCUCUGUUUUGUUUUUUAAAGAAGCACAUUUUAAAGCUUCGCAUCUUCUACAAGUGGCCCUCUGGUGGAAUAGGGAGAUUACUACAUCUGUCGCCGAUUUAUGACGUAUUUCGCCCGCGUCACCCAUCAUGGCAGCGACCACCACUGUUUACAGCAUGACUUUAGUAGAGAGUACAAGUUUGCAAGUUUUGUUCCUCUUUUCUAAUAAUUGUGGUUAAUAUAUUACUAUUCAAAGCCACUAGAAUGCACUGACGUACGUUUUGAAUAUUUACGUGUCGGCAUCGUAAUUCACCGUCUCAGCAAUGGCAGUGCAAAUACGGAAUACCGGACUACUCACCAUCCAGAGGCUGGUUCGUGCUGGUAAAUCCACAGCGGGGCAUCUUAACUACAUGGACGUUUUACAGAAUAUCUAUAGAAGAGGACUGAGGACAUCCACAUGUGGGCGACUUGAUGAAAAAGAACCGAGGACGACUAUGAGUAGAACUAUAGCUCUGUCAAGGAGGAGGAGACCCCUGUCGCCCCUCGAGAGGAUUAGUACCCUGCUCCCUGAAGACUCGCUCACGCCUGAGGUGAUCCAGCUGAGGGAUCGGAACCAGCAACAUGAACUGAGAGAGGAGAACAUCACUGUCAGAACUGACACUGAAAAUAACCCGACAGAGCCAGACCUGCUCUGUGGUUCUGAUUCUGAAGAACUGGCAGAUGGGGCCUCCCCCACUCUUCCUGGGGAAAGCUUUCUGUCAAACGGGGAGUUGUUGAUCGCAGAGUUUCGUAAAAAAUCUCGUGUGGAGUUCCAGAAAAUGUUCAAACUUCAGGCUGGUGCACGACUGCACAGCAGCUGGGGGUACAUCUGCCACGACGAUGUCGUUGGACACACGGCAGGUCGCUUUUUCAGGACCAACAUGGGCGUUGCCAUCUUCAUCCGACGCGUCAGCCUGGAGGAAUAUGUGUUGUUUAUGAGGAGAGCGCCUGUCAUUACCUAUCCAAAGGAUAUGGCAAGCAUGCUGAUGAUGAUGGACGUGACUGAGGGGGACACGGUGCUGGACUCGGGGUCUGGAUCUGGGGCAAUGUCUUUGUUCCUGUCCCGAGCAGUGGGCUCUAAGGGUCGUGUGCUGAGCGUGGAGGUCAGGGAGGAUCACCACAGGAGAGCUGUUCUCAACUACGAGCGGUGGAGAACUUCGUGGCGACUGCGUCAUGGCGAGGACUGGCCUGAUAACAUCCAGUAUUGUGUUGCUGACCUCCGCACUGCGUCGUCUCUCCUCUCUGGUCAUGGCUUCAAUUCGGUUGCUCUUGAUCUGAUUCAUCCACAGCUGGUGUUAGAAACCGUGACUCCUCAUUUACAUAAUGGAGGUGUGUGCGCAGUCUACCUUGCCAAUAUAACUCAGGUUAUUGACUUGCUCGAGGGAAUUCGAUGUGCCCGGCUUUCUUUACUGUGCGAACGCAUCAUUGAAAUCCCUGUCCGUGAUUGGCUGGUUGCACCCGCCAUCCAGAAGGAUGGACGGUUUUGCAGCCGGAAAGCGCCCAACCUGGGAGAAGCCCAAAAUGAGGAGGAAGCUGAUGAUGAGGCGGAAGAAAGUAUAUUCUGGACAGGGAUUGUUGAGUUUGUCCAGGAUCUAAUUGGCUCUUCUGCUCCAGGGGGAAACGCCACAUUCGGGAGCAUCCCAUACAUCGCCAGACCUCACCCCGAGCAGAUGAGCCACACAGCUUUUCUGGUGAAGUUGAGGAAGUACUGUCCAUGAUAUCACGCCUGAAGAGCUACCAAGAGGAAUGACAUAGUCAUAAGACAACCUGUGUUUUGCAUUGUAAACUAACUUUAAAGCAAUAAAAA